GACUGUUGGUAUACGAUAAUUAAAGUGCUUUCAGAGGCAAUUUUUUUACCUCCAACGUGUGGAAUGGAGUGACGAAUGAUGGAGCAGUUGUGGGAAUAUUGAACGGGGACUCAUGGAAGGGACAAAGAGGACGAAAAAUCCAUCAACAAAAAAUCAAAAUGACCACGAAAUUGAGUUAAAUAACUAAGGAAUUGAAAUGUGAAUUGAGGGAAUUCAGACGACUUUUUUUUUCAUUUUUCAUUUUUCGAUAAAAAAAAGGUGGUGAUUGGAAAUUCUGGGGAAUAGGGAGUUAUGGAGGUCUUUUUCCGACUCUUUUUUUAUGACUGAUGGAGUAGUCGAUUUGAUAGUGGAAACGCCGCCAUUGCUGGAGUAGAAAAGCGGAAAGAAGAAGGGAAGAAAAGCAACCCCUCGCACCCCACCUACUCGGCAUCCCCCUUGGGGGAGAGCUAACCGUUUGAAAUAGUGUACGUGUGUAUGCAACAAGUUAGGGAAGAGAACUGACGCCAACUUGGAUGAAAUCGAAUCCGCAAUGUGACAUGGAUGUCCUAGCUAUAUUCUGCACACUUAUUGCUACUGUGCUGUAUUAUAAGACCUUUUAUGCUGGGUUCGUCUAUGAUGACAGACGAGCGAUUCUAACGAAUCCCGAUCUACUCCCAAACUCCCCAUGGUUUCCACUGUUGGAGAAUGAUUUUUGGGGCACACCAUUACGUGACAGCGAGUCACACGGGAGUUACCGGCCCCUCUGCGUUGCGACAUUUCGACUGAAUCAUCUUCUCGGUGGGCUCAAUCCUCGGGGAUAUCAUCUUGUCAACAUUGGCUUACAUGCUGGAUGCACGGGCCUCGUUGUGAGGGUUGCCAGAACUGUAAUACCAGGACGAUGGUUAUCGCACGCGAUCACGGGUCUGUUGUUCGCCGUCCAUCCAAUUCACAGUGAAGCUGUUGCUGGUAUAGUUGGACGUGCUGAUUUACUCGCCUGUUUCCUAACUCUCGCCUGUUUUCUCACUUACGUUGCACACUGCGAUCAAACUCGUUCACCACUCAUGCUCUUCAUAGCCCUAACGUCAUCAUUGCUAGCUGCACUUGCUAAGGAAACUGGAAUAUCCUCACUUGCUCUAUGUUUACUCUGGGAAUAUAGUCAUGGAGAGUCAAAUACGCAAAAGGAACGUGAAAGGACCUGGCCACGCAACCGUAGCGUGGGAAUCUUGUGGAGUGGUCUCUUCCUAACGAUCCUCGGUAGAAUAAAAAUUGGUAAUGCAACGACCCCGGAGUUCGCCAGUGCGGACAAUCCCACAGCUCGACAUCCCUCCCGCGUAACCCGGACCCUGACGUUCCUGUACCUCCCAGCAGCGAGCCUCCGGAUGUUCUUAUGUCCGACUACCUUGAGUUUCGAUUGGUCGAUGGAUACAAUUCCGAGGAUAAUAUCAUUGACCGAUCCAAGGAAUCUGGAGUCCGUCUGUCUGUACGUCGUGCUGGUGACAGCGGGUUUGUGGGUAGUCCAGCAGUCAAGGAUUGAGAUUUACGUGAGGAAUCGAACAAUGGAGAAGACAGGAUCGCUUGUCAGGGCGUCUUCCAAGUGCUCAGUCUGCGAUAAUCGGAAAAUUGGGGGCUGUCAUACUGAAGGCUGCAGAGUUGCCAACAACAACAAUAACAGCGAUAGCAUCGACUGCUGCUGCUCGCUGAAGCCGAGUCCUGCAUAUGCCGAGUUUGGUGCUAGAUUCGGGAGGACCAAAUCAGUGACCAUUGUCAUCAUAUCGCUGGGAUUUCUGGCGCUGCCGUUCAUCCCUGCCAGCAACCUCUUCUUCUACGUGGGCUUUGUCAUUGCUGAAAGGAUUCUGUACCUGCCAAGUGUUGGGGCUUGUCUCUCUAUUGGGGCCUGUAUUGCUGAGACCUACAGGAUUGUCAAGCAUGGCUCUAAAACUUGUGGGAAGCUUAUUCUGGGGGUCACAAUGGUUCUGCUGUUCUGCAUGGCUGCGAAGACUCUCAGGAGGAACAUCGAUUGGCAUAACGAGGAGAGUCUCUAUCGAUCUGCCCUCCAUGUCAAUCCACCCAAAGAAAAUUGGCGUAUCAUCUUACAUCCAGAAACAACUGGCUAUGCUGUGAAUAUCGUCAUAUCGUGUUUCCAGCACAAAAUUGAAAAUAAAAACUUGAAGUGA